AUGAGUAAAAAAUUAUGCAACAAUUCGUCGAGUUUCGAUAUAUCGCACGAUGGACCGAUCGAAUCCGAUGUAUCGAUCGAAAAUUCUCGAACGAGUUCGACACACGGAAGACCUAUCGAACCCUAUCGAAGGUAUUCUUCGCAAGGCGGUGAAAAUUCACACGAUGGCUUCGUGUACGGUAAUCCGAAGGAUGACAUCAUCAAAAACAUCGAUAAUCAAUCGGUCAAAGAUUCCAUUAUUGAUAGAUUUUCGUCGGAAAUAAAUAAUGCAUCCAACGUGUUGGAUUUAAGUUGUAAAAUUAGUAAGUCUGACGAUCACGAAAAAUCGCGGGAAAGAAAAACAUAUCAUAAUAAUAAUAAUCACGAGAGAUCCGAUAACUCCGUGGUGGCAGCAGCAACGACGACGACGACGACAGAAUCAUUUUUAUCGAGAACGUCGAACAACGUCGAAAUAAAACUUGUUAAUCCUAUAAAUAAAAAACCAUCGAUACCGGAACAAUUGCAAAUUGCUAAAAUACAACAGCAACAAAGGAGAUCCAUGCAACAGCAGCAAAAAUUCUUACAGCAAAUGAGAAAAACGUUGGAUUCGAAAGGUGGUCACAAACAAGAGAACAAUUCCCACGGCGGCCAUAAUAAAAACGUUAAACAUUUUAACAAUCCGAGUAAUUACGAUACGAAUAAUGAUGAUAAUAAUGACGUCGUCGUCGACAAUCAUCAGGGAAGAGUUAAAAGUGAAUUUCUAUCGAGAUUUCCUCCUUCUCAUCAUUUCCCACAUUUUCCAUUUCCCGAUUCUUUCGAUCCGAAUCAACCCAAAGAACUUCCCGACAAUCAUCCCAUUCUUCCCCUUCUCGAUCCCGUUUAUUUUUCCGCUCUUUACAACGCUCACGGAUUUCUUCCACCGAGUUCUCCAAGCAUUGCUGCUGCUUUUAUCGGAACUCUUCAAGAUGCUCUUCCAAAGUUACCCAUGAUGUUUCCAUCCACAUCUUCCAACACUUCGCCUUUACUCCCGCAAAAAAAUAACGAAAAUCAAAAUUAA